AUGGCAUCCCUAUCUGCAAAUCCAUCGAAGAAGGCAAUACGCAGCCCUGGGGGUUCUUCUGGAUCGUCUCAAGCUCGCAACUCCACCGGUCAAACGGUAAAAUUUGCAAGACGAACUUCAAGCGGGCGAUAUGUGAGUCUUUCAAGGGAAGAUCUUGACAUGUCAGGAGAAAUAUCGGGGGACUACAUGAACUACACAGUGCACAUUCCUUCAACACCAGAUAAUCAGCCAAUGGACACGUCGGUGGCCGUGAAGGCAGAAGAACAGUAUGUGUCAAAUUCUCUAUUCACGGGGGGGUUCAAUAGCGUGACGCGUGCCCAUCUAAUGGACAAGGUGAUCGACUCGGAGGUCAGUCACCCUCAGAUGGCAGGAGCCAGGGGCUCCGCCUGUUCCAUGCCUGGUUGUGAUGGGAAGGUCAUGAAGGAUGAAAGAGGAGCCGAUGUUACUCCUUGUGAAUGCAGGUUCAAAAUUUGCAGAGAUUGCUACCUGGAAGCCCAAAAAGAGACGGGAUUGUGCCCAGGGUGCAAGGAGUUGUACAAGACAGGAGAGUAUGAUGAUGAUGUGCCAGAUUUUUCAAGCGGGGCGCUGCCACUUCCAGCUCCUCAUCACGACAAUUCAAAAGGGGAUCGCAAUAAUAAUAUGUCAAUGAUGAAAAGGAAUCAAACUGGAGAAUUUGAUCAUAAUCGGUGGCUAUUCGAGACGAAGGGCACUUAUGGGUAUGGGAACGCCUUUUGGCCCCAAGAUGACAUGUAUGACGAGGGGGAUGACGGCUUGCAAGGCAGCAUGAUGGAAACAAUGGAAAAGCCUUGGAAACCCCUCAGUCGGAGGAUGCCUAUCCAAGCUGCAAUCAUCAGCCCUUAUAGGUUGUUGAUUUUAGUUCGAAUGGUGGUGCUUGUGUUCUUCUUGACAUGGCGAGUGAGACAUCCAAACGAGGAGGCCAUUUGGCUGUGGUUGAUGUCAGUGGUGUGCGAGAUUUGGUUCGCCUUUUCUUGGGUGCUAGAUCAGGUUCCCAAGCUCUGCCCCAUCAACCGUUCCACUGACCUCCAGGCCCUCCGUGACAAAUUUGACCUGCCCUCACCAUCUAAUCCCUCCGGCAGAUCUGACCUCCCCGGGGUCGACAUCUUUGUGUCUACAGCUGACCCCGAAAAGGAGCCGCCCCUUGUCACGGCGAACACCAUAUUAUCAAUCUUGGCCGCAGAUUACCCUGUGGAGAAGCUGGCAUGUUAUAUUUCAGACGAUGGAGGGGCGUUGCUCACCUUUGAAGCCAUGGCCGAAGCCGCGAGCUUUGCUAACCUGUGGGUGCCUUUCUGCCGCAAGCAUGAUAUUGAACCUAGGAACCCAGAGAGCUACUUUACCAUAAAGGGAGACCCAACCAAGAACAAAAGCAGGUCUGAUUUUGUUAAGGAUCGGAGGAGGGUGAAGAGGGAGUACGAUGAAUUCAAGGUGAGGAUAAAUGGAUUGCCAGAUUCCAUUCGGAGGAGGUCAGACGCAUUCAAUGCCAGGGAGGAGAUGAAGAUGUUGAAGCACAUGAGAGAGAAUGCUGGGGCUGAAUCUUUGGAGCCAAUGAAAGUUCAGAAGGCCACAUGGAUGGCUGAUGGGACUCACUGGCCUGGCAGCUGGGCGGUGCCUGCCAGUGACCAUGCCAAGGGAGAUCAUGCUGGGAUUCUUCAAGUAAUGCUGAAGCCUCCCAGCAAUGAGCCAUUAAUGGGUGGGUCUGACGACAAGAUCAUAGACUUUUCUAAUGUGGACAUACGACUACCUAUGUUUGUGUAUAUGUCACGAGAGAAGAGGCCAGGCUACGACCACAACAAGAAAGCCGGCGCCAUGAACGCCCUGGUAAGAGCAUCUGCAAUUCUAUCCAAUGGCCCCUUCAUUCUCAACCUCGAUUGCGACCACUACAUCUACAACUGCAAAGCUAUACGGGAAGGCAUGUGCUUCAUGAUGGACAGAGGCGGCGAGAUCAUAUGCUACAUUCAAUUUCCCCAAAGAUUCGAAGGAAUCGAUCCCUCCGACCGCUAUGCGAAUCACAACACUGUAUUUUUUGAUGGCAACAUGCGAGCGCUUGAUGGAGUGCAGGGUCCAGUUUAUGUGGGGACUGGAUGCAUGUUCAGGCGGUUUGCACUGUAUGGGUUUGAUCCACCACAAUCAGAUAAGAUGGAAAACAAAGCAAACUCAGAAAUGCAAACCUUGAAGCCCAGCGAUUUGGAUCCAGAUCUAGAUGUGAAUCUACUUCCCAAGCGGUUUGGGAAUUCUACAAUGCUUGCAGAAUCUAUACCUGUAGCUGAAUUCCAAGGACGCCCCAUUGCCGACCACCCUGCGGUCAGGUAUGGCCGCCCUCCUGGCGCCCUCCGAGUCCCUCGUGACCCUCUCGAUGCCACCUCUGUCGCUGAAGCAGUCAAUGUCAUAUCUUGCUGGUAUGAGGAUAAGACUGAAUGGGGGGAUAGAGUGGGCUGGAUCUAUGGGUCAGUGACGGAGGACGUGGUGACAGGGUUCCGAAUGCACAAUCGUGGGUGGCACUCCGUCUACUGCAUCACCAAGCGCGACGCCUUCCGGGGUUCAGCUCCAAUCAAUCUGACCGACAGGCUCCAUCAAGUGCUCCGAUGGGCCACAGGCUCCGUGGAGAUUUUCUUUUCCAGGAACAAUGCAUUGCUAGCAUCCUCGCGUCUCAAGUUCCUGCAACGCUUGGCCUAUCUCAAUGUUGGGAUCUACCCUUUCACUUCCAUGUUUCUCAUCGUCUACUGCUUCUUGCCCGCCCUUUCUCUUUUAUCUGGGCAUUUCAUUGUACAAACACUGAACGUGUCGUUUCUAAUAUACCUGCUAAUCAUAACCAUUUGCCUAAUCAUGCUGGCGAUCUUGGAAGUGAAGUGGUCGGGGGUGGGAUUGGAAGAGUGGUGGAGAAAUGAACAGUUUUGGCUCAUCUCAGGAACCAGCGCCCACUUGGCGGCCGUCGUGCAGGGCCUUCUCAAAGUUAUUGCAGGCAUCGAAAUAUCCUUCACAUUGACUUCCAAAUCUGCGGGAGAAGAUAACGACGAUAUCUACGCUGACUUGUAUUUGGUGAAGUGGACUUCGCUGAUGAUUCCCCCAAUCGUCAUCGCAAUGAUGAACAUAAUUGCGCUUGCAGUUGCUUUCUCUAGGACCAUCUACAGUACCGUUCCUCAAUGGAGUAAGUUUGUAGGUGGAGCCUUCUUCAGCUUCUGGGUGUUGGCUCAUUUGUAUCCUUUUGCAAAGGGUUUGAUGGGAAGGAGAGGGAAGACGCCCACAAUUGUAUUUGUUUGGUCAGGUCUCAUAGCUAUUACACUUUCAUUGCUCUGGAUAUCCAUCAGUCCUCCCAAAGGGAGCACUGCCCAAGCCGAUGGUGUGGGAGGGGGCUUCCAAUUCCCAUGA